UUCAGUAGUUUCAGUCACAGUAGUUUCAGUCACGUUACGUUUCAGUCUGUAUUGCAAUAUUUAACCACCGGUGAUCACUAGUUUAAAUGUUAUAAUGAGUUUCAAGUUAAUUUCUUUUUAUUGUAAUUAAAUUCACUGAAAGUGUAGUAUAUGUCGAGACUCUGACAAGCUGAAAAUUCCGCAACAUAUAAAAACCUACAUACUGCCGGUAUUCUUAUAACUUAUAGUAGUAUCGAACAAAGGAUACGCAUAUAUAUACAUUGAAUGUUUCAUUUAAUCCUGCAAUGUUGAAGGAAAGGUUUCGUUGCAACGAUAAAUCGAGGAAAUAUCAUGAUGUAUAAACAAAAUAUCAUGUCGAGUCUCGAUUGUCAAUAUAUUCCAGGAAAAUUAAUAUGACCGAUGUUAAAAGUCACAAGAAGAAAGUUCAAUGUGAAAGGUUGUUUGUGCGUAAAACAAUCUUUUUACCUAAUCGAAAAAGUGAUGCAAAAGGUCUCAUGCCAGUGAUGAAUAGAAUAGUGAUGAAAAAUCUCGAAACGUGUCUUGCAUCAUAACUUGCAUGUCAACCACCUAAAUAAUCAAAAAAAAAUGACGACGCACAAAGGGAUUUCCACGUCGUGUGAGGACGGUCUCGAUGUUUCCGAUAAUGAAAAAAAAGCGAACGAGAAUAAAGAAGAGGAGACACAGAUGAAAAGGUCGAGGUGCAAACUCGAUGCGAACGGUCGACUAAACCUUAAAGAUAUUCUACUGUCUUUCAAUGGACCGAUCAGCCAAGAGCAAGCAUGGGCCUUGUGUUAUCAAACCGCCAAGAGUUUGUCACGUUUGUCAGAAAACAAUUUCUACGAACUUUCGGAGUUAUCACAGAUCGUCCUUCACAAGGAUGGCGAUGUUUGGCUUGGCGAUCUAAUCGAAUCGGAAAAACCACGCGUAUCCGAGAAAAAGGCAAUGUUCUCACUAGGCAUGAUGAUAUUCAAAACGCUUGAUUUCGGCCUAGAUGAACAAGAAGAAAGGCCUUUAUCACCGGAUUUAGAAGCACUUAUAACAUUAAUGACAAGUGCCGAUCAAGAAAUUGAAGGGGAAACGGAAGAACGUCCGCAGGAAACGGACGAUGAAGGUAUUGAGCGAGACUCCAGUGAUGCCGAUGUAGAUGAAUUUUCAUCGCAAAAAAGUAACGAUAUGUAUGAGGAAAGAUCAUCGGUGUAUUCAUUAAGAAAUGUAAUGCAAUUAUGUACCAGGCAUAUGCAAACUUCUAUGGAAUCUGCUGAAAUUCAUUAUAAGGCCGUAAUACGAGCAUUGGUAGCAGAGGCUUUGGAACUGUCGCACUUUUUGGAUACAGUAGCGGCUGAUAAAGUACAUGCUAGUCAAAGAGAAUCUGUUACUGAUGGCAGUAAGCAAACCUCGAUGUCUGUUCAAAACCUUGAUACGUUAGAUUUUAUUGAUUGGACUGACAUUAGGAUUUGGAGGGCUAUACAAGCAAGAUUUUGGGUGCAAGUUAUCCAGGAAUUAAGGAAAGGUGUAAAGCUAAAAAAAGUAGAAGCUAAUUUGGGUUCAAAGAAUACUACACGUGGACGUGGAAAGGGAGCUGAGUUUGAAUUAACUCCGUAUGAAAUUUUGAUGGAUGACAUACGAAAAAGGAGGUAUCGUUUGAGGAAGACACCAUCCCCGACGCCACAUUUGCGAAAAGACGCGCAUGCUGUUAUUCUUGAAUUUAUUCGGAGUAGACCGCCUUUAAAAAAGGCAUCUGAAAGGCAGCUGCCACCCCUGCAAAAGGAAUGGACUCUCCGGGAAUUACUUAUGGAAAGUAUAAAGAAGCCGCCAAAUUUAAGAUCGUCGCGCAAUAGAUACGUUCCUAAGACCGAAAGAAUAUCUCUUCAGAGUGAUCAAAUCCAAAGUACUGCUGAUGUCAAGGAUAGUGAAUCACCUACAGUACCGAAACCUCCUCGAAGGGAUUUGGACAACACGAAUUCUACGACAAAUAAAAGAAAAAUAAUACCUGUAGAUUUUGAUUUAAAGCUCGAUGCAGAAGACGAAGAUGAUGACGAAGAUUACAACGAUGAAUUGGCAGUAACAAGAUUUGAAGAAGAGGAUGAAGGAUCAAAUUACUGGCAACUAAAAGAAGAUUACACAUUUGUAGAUAGGGGUAAUACUCGCAGUAGGCAUAAAGAUCAAAGGGAUGACGACGAAGCAAGUUCUGCUAAUCCUUGGCGAAAAACUGGUGGUUUACGUUUAACGAGGAACGAAUAUCAUCGAUUUUGUGAUGCGCAACUUGAAUCAUAUGACCUCGCAACACAGUGUCCAUCUAGAAGAGCGUCGGCUCGAAAACACGCAGCAAGACGUAGUAUAGCACUUACAGCGUUAACUGGUACCACGUCUCUUCCUCACUCAAGGCCACAGAGUCGUACUCAAUGUACAGGUGCAACAGAGUCGUCGUUAAGUCAAGGUCCGAGUCCCAAUAUCAGCGUAAAUCCUAGUCCGAGUUUGAGUCCUCAGCCGAGAGCAAGACAACCGCGACGAUCGCAAACCAUUGUCGAAGGUACAAAGGAUAGAGAAGAUCAAAAUGAAGACUGGCAAGAUGAUAAAGGACAGAAGCCUACAUUAGGUGACAUGUUCCUGGAUGAAAGACUUUCUUUAACCCUAGAAGAGAUUGUGCAUAUUCGUAGUGUAUUAACUAAAGCAGAACUGGAAUCUCUGCCCGUAGAAGGUCGCGUAAAGGAAGAUGUAGAAAAGAGGCGCGUUUGUUUUCUUUGCCUAAAAACUAGGUUCGGACUGUUAGGACCAUGGGGGCAACGUUGUCGCUUAUGUGAGAGGACAGUAUGUGUAAAAUGUUAUUCCAAAAUGCGAAUUCCAACAGAACAUUUCGCCCACGUUCCGGUAGUUUUAUUAUCCCCUGGUCUUCUUCUUUCUCCAUCGUCUUCAGAACCAGAUACUAGCAAAAGUUCAUGGCUAAGAGGCACUGGCGCAGCUGGAUCUGCACCGGCAUCACCGGCUUCUAGACGCAAGGAUUCAUCAUUGAAAAGCGUGACACCUUCAUCUACGCCUACUACUACACCUGUUUUGAUACUUACACCGACUUCCACACCGCCUUCCCAUGCUCGUCGCGAAACAGAGAAUCAAGAUAAAAGGAGUUAUAAAAGCACUGGCAGUCCAGCCAAUGUGCCAUCACUGAAGGCAUUCUCCAGUUUCACUAGUCAAAGCUCGGAACAACGAUUGGCCGCGGAAAGAUUGAGAGGCGUCUCUAUGGUAGUCUGUCAUGACUGCCGCAUUAUGGUGAUACAGAUAAUUAAGAGUUCAAGAACAACACGAGCUACGAUACGUAACAAUGUCAUUUCGCGACUUACUUUGAACCUUUCGCCAGCCUAUGUUUGAAUUUUCUUUGAAAAAACGAAGUUCCAUGCACGAGAUUUCUGUUGGAUACAAUGGCGCAUCUCAUUUUCUAUUUAACUAAUGCGUAACAUGCUAUUUAUGCCAAUAAGUGAGGCACGUAGAUUAGAUUUCUUCUUCUUGUACCGGUGUCUUCUUGUGCUCCUUAUGCCAUUAAUCUCCUAUGAAUAGUCAUGGAUAUCUCUAAAAGAACGAGCCCAUCAGAUGCUACAUAUUGUGAUUGCAUUACACGAGAUUGAGUACUCAACACUGUAUUGGUUCUAAAAUUUAUCAUUUGAUAGUGAUGGAAUUAUUCUAUUAUUGUCAUGUAACUUUGUUUCGAGAAAUGAAGUUCUUUCUAAAUAAGUUUAUUCAUUUUUUUUAUGUAGGAACAUAUUAAACAAAAUAACUGAUUAUUCAUACAAACUGAUUAGAAAUUUUGUUUAAAAUCUACAAAGUACGAUUUUUUAAAUUGAAGUACACAAAGGAAAUUAAAUCUAUGGUAUAUUUUAGCAUGGAUGGUGGAAUUUAAAGGAUGAGUCUAGUACGAAAUCGGCACAGAGUGGCAUUUAAUAUAGUCUACGUACCUACAUUCAGGCUUACAUCUAAGUAGAUCGUUAAUGCAUGCAAAUUUGAAAAUGAUACGAUUAGAGUCAAGUAUUUAAUUACGACGGCUAAGGUUCCGUUUGGUUUUCAAUAACGGUGAACUAUUUUUCGCUUCCCAUUUCAAUAAUUACUAAUAAUAAUAACUGUAUUAAUAAAAAAAAGAUAACAAGCUAUUGUGCGAUUGCAUUGCGCAUUAUGUGCGUUCUCAGUUCAUAAAAACUGAGAAUCCAUGUUUAACCCGAUCAGUUAUCUCGGGAUUUUGAGAAUGUGUACAUAUAUGUUCCUUUUGCUCCCACAUUGUUGUGAACACUAAAUCUAAAAAUAAUAUCGCAUUUACCGUAAAAUUUAGUUGAGAGAAAGAAAAUUAUCAUAAGCGAAAAUCAGCGAAGAAAAAGUAAAAAUGUUGAGAUAUUAAAUGUAAUCUACGUAUAUGUGCCAGAAACAUUGUUUCACGCAAUAGUGAUCGAAUUAUGAUUAAUUCUGAUCUAUCAAGCUGUGCGAUAGUUUCGAUUAUGCAAUUACUAAUUCGAAUCAUUGAAAAAUUCUAAUUUUCUUCAUUAUUCGAUUCGCUAAUGUAUUCAUGUAACACAUAAUUCUUGCGCGAUUAUAGAUUUUAUAUUUCAUAUAUCGAUGAUGAUUGUGUUUGAAAUUCCAAGUGUCUUUACUUUUGUCAGUAAUUCUUGUUAAUAAUCUAAUUAAGGCGAGAGGUACGCAUACAUAAGCACACACAUAUUAUAAACUAGCGAGAGAAUCAAAUAUUCUGACAACCCCGAAGGAAAAGAAUGUUAUUUUUUUGCGUCCGCGCAACAUUAAUUUAUUUUAAGAGAAUAUAUUUAAUUCGUAGAGUGAGUCAAAGUCGGAGCACAAUUGUACUAUAAGUCCGUUUUAAUAGAAUUCAUUAAUUUAAAUUCUUUUGUAUGACGUUUGUGAUAUUAAUUUAUUGCUUUCUAUGUCUACUAUUUAUUAUAUUUAUUUAAUUCUGCGAAUUAAUUAGUAGCUGUGUUUCUUUAUAAUUGUAUAUAUAAUUAUACACCUAUAUUUUGUUGCGUAUUAUUAUUCGUUGAAAUAUUUUUUAUUUAUAUUAUUUAUAUUUAUAUUAUUAUUGGUAUCAAAACUAUGAAGUUUACAUUUUCGUUUGUAUUUUAAUCUCACGUAAAUUAAUUAUAUUGCGACACAAGUUAAUAAGCGGAGAAGAGAAAAUGAAUUUAAAAAAUAAAAGAAGAAAAUAGUGGCUCUUGUUACGGCCACGUUUAUAGAAAAUUAGUACAAUUAAGCGGCUGUUCGCUUGCACUGGUUAAAGGUGUGCUAUUAACGAGGAAAUGUACAAAUGUAAACCUAUGAUGGUUCAGAGUACAAACAAAGAAUGCGAAUUGCACUAUGAUGAUUAAAAUGCUGGUACAACGUCUGGCACCGGGUUAUAUACAUAAAAACAGCGUGGUUAUAAAUUUAUUCAUACGUGUAAAGUGCAUUGGUGAAUUUUACAAACGGGUGAAUUAGUUUGAUUGAGGAUGAAGUUUAUUUAUUUUUCUAAUCACACAAGUACUUAGAUUUCCCAAUAAUUUCCAAGCAAAAAUCAAAAUGAAUAUAGUUCGUAUAGUACGUCAAGAAAAGCAAUGUACAAUAAACAGAUUUUUUCGAAGACCAUGUAAAAAAACACCACGACACUUUAUGAACAAUACGAACAUAAAAUUCUAUUUGUAGAAAAUUAUUACAAUAAAACUGAGCUGAGAAAAACUGCUAAAUAACAGAGUCACAAUGGUAUGACAUUAUAAGACAUAAAACGACUUACGUGAUGGCAAUUGAAAAAGAUCGUUUAUUAUAUUAAUUUAUUGUUUUUUAUGUACGAUGUAUAUGUAUACCUAUAAAUAAUUAGAAAUCUUGUUUUUAUGAUGAAAGCGACCAAAAUACAUUCUAUUCCGAUUCAUUACUUAAA